CCGGAAGUUAUGUCAGAUCAGCAGUCUGACUGGAGCUCUGAGUGUAGGUUGAGCUGUGCGUUGUUUACUCUGCUGCCCAGACAAACACAUAGAGGAAGAUGUCUGCAGCUAUAAAAAAUCCUUUCCAACAUAUCAUUGAGCCUCUCGACCCCAAGGAUCCAACGCAAAAGUUUUUCAGUCUGUCCAAGCUUGCAGAUCCAAGAUAUGACCGUCUGCCGUUCUCCAUCCGGGUCCUGUUGGAGUCCGCUGUCAGGAACUGUGAUGAGUUCCUAGUGAAGCGCUCAGAUGUGGAGAGGAUUCUUGACUGGAAGCAGACUCAGACUCAGACAGUGGAGGUCCCGUUCAGGCCGGCCCGUGUCAUCCUCCAAGACUUUACUGGUGUUCCUGCUGUGGUGGACUUCGCAGCCAUGCGGGAUGCGGUGAUGGAAUUAGGCGGCGACCCAGAAAAGAUUAACCCGGUCUGCCCUGCUGAUCUCGUCAUUGACCACUCCAUUCAAGUGGAUUUUAACCGGAAGUCUGAUAGUCUUCAGAAAAACCAGGACUUGGAGUUUGAGCGGAACAAAGAAAGAUUCCAGUUUUUAAAGUGGGGCUCUAAAGCCUUCAAGAACAUGAGGAUCAUUCCUCCUGGUUCAGGAAUCGUCCAUCAGGUCAAUCUGGAGUAUUUGGCCCGGGUGGUGUUUAACCACGAUGGCUUCUUCUACCCUGACAGUGUGGUUGGCACUGACUCCCACACCACCAUGAUCAAUGGUCUGGGGGUUCUGGGCUGGGGUGUUGGUGGGAUUGAAGCAGAGGCUGUUAUGCUGGGUCAGCCUAUAAGCAUGGUUCUGCCUGAGGUGGUGGGUUACAAGCUGCUCGGGACCCCAGACAAGCUCAUCACCUCCACCGACAUCGUCCUUACUGUUACUAAGCAUCUCCGUCAGGUGGGUGUAGUGGGAAAAUUUGUGGAGUUCUUUGGUCCAGGUGUAGCCCAGCUGUCCAUCGCUGACAGAGCCACCAUCGCCAACAUGUGUCCGGAGUACGGAGCCACAGCAGCCUUCUUCCCCGUGGACCACGUCAGCAUUCAGUACCUGGAGCAGACCGGACGAGAUCCAGAAAAGCUGGCUUACAUCACAAAGUACCUGAAGUCUGUGGCCAUGUUCAGAGACUACAACGAUAUGGCUCAGGAUCCAGAUUUCACUCAGGUUGUAGAGUUGGAUCUCAGCACAGUGGUCCCGUGCUGCAGUGGUCCCAAAAGACCACAGGACAGAGUCCCAGUGUCCGACAUGAAGAGAGACUUUGAAGCUUGCCUUGGAGCAAAGCAAGGAUUCAAAGGUUUCCAGGUGGCCCCUGAACACCACAGCGCCUCGCUCCCUUUCCAGUUUAAUGGACAGGAGUACACGCUGAGCCACGGCUCCGUGGUCAUCGCCGCCAUCACCAGCUGCACCAACACCAGCAACCCGUCCGUCAUGCUCGGAGCAGGACUCCUCGCUAAGAAAGCCAUCGAGCAUGGUCUGAGCGUGAAGCCGUACAUAAAGACCAGCCUGUCCCCCGGCAGCGGCGUGGUGACCUACUACCUGAAGGAGAGCGGGGUGAUGGACUACCUGUGUCAGCUGGGCUUUGAGGUGGUUGGUUACGGCUGCAUGACGUGCAUCGGCAACAGUGGGCCGCUUCCGGAUCCGGUUGUGGAGGCCAUCACCCAGGGGGAUCUGGUUGCUGCAGGCAUCCUGUCAGGAAACCGAAACUUCGAGGGUCGGGUCCAUCCCAACACCAGAGCCAACUACCUGGCUUCCCCGCCUCUCGUCAUCGCUUACGCCAUCGCCGGCACGGUGAGGAUCGACUUCGAGAAGGAGCCCAUCGCCAUCAACUCACAAGGUAAGGAGGUCUUCCUGAGGGACAUCUGGCCCACACGGGAGGAGAUCCAGGCUGUGGAGCAAACAUACGUCAUCCCAUCCAUGUUUAAAGAAGUCUACGAGAAGGUUGAGAAAGUGAACGAACGCUGGAACACUCUGGUUGUUCCCGCUGACAAGCUGUACGCCUGGGACCCUCAGUCGACCUACAUCAAAUCCCCACCGUUCUUCAACGGUUUGACCAUGAAGCUGCAGCCUCCUCAGUCCAUAAAGGACGCCUACGUCCUGCUGAACCUGGGAGACUCGGUCACCACAGACCACAUCUCUCCUGCUGGGAACAUCGCCAGGACCAGCCCUGCCGCUCGGUACCUCACCGACAGAGGCUUGAGCCCUCGGGACUACAACUCGUACGGCUCUCGUCGGGGCAACGACGCCGUCAUGGCCAGAGGGACAUUCGCCAACAUUCGGCUCUUCAACAAAUUCCUCAACAAGCAGGCGCCACAGACCGUUUACAUGGCAACCGGAGAGACGCUGGAUGUGUUCGAUGCUGCAGAGAGGUACCGGCAGUCCGGCGUCCCGUUGCUGGUCCUGGCAGGGAAGGAGUACGGAUCCGGAAGCUCCAGGGACUGGGCAGCUAAAGGCCCCUUCCUACUGGGGAUCAAGGCGGUGCUGGCGGAGAGCUACGAGCGGAUCCACCGCAGUAACCUGGUCGGGAUGGGGGUCAUUCCUCUGGAGUAUCUGCCUGGAGACACCGCUGACAGUCUGGGGCUGACGGGCCGAGAGCGCUACACCAUCAUCAUCCCCAACCAGCUCACGCCCAGGAUGAAGGUGGACGUGAAGCUGGACUCCGGAAAAACAUUCCAGGUGCUCAUGAGGUUCGACACGGACGUGGAGCUGACCUACUUCCACCACGGAGGAAUCCUCAACUACAUGAUCCGCAAGAUGUCAGAGAACUAAAACGUUUCAUCUCCUCCAGCCACCGGGAGACCGCCGUCCAUGAAUUAUCCAGUCAUCCUCCUCGUUUGGCACUCAGAGAACGGAUCUAAACCACCAGAGAACCGAUCUAAACCAAAACUCUGGUCAUAAUCUUAUCUCUGAGGAUGCUGUGUGUCGUCUAGUGUGAGCUGCAGGUGCUUCACAUCCAUCUGCUGUUUCACUGGUCUAAUAAUCCUUCAUUUAUACCCUCAGAGCAGCACUGAAAGUCUUAUCGUUGCCAGCCAGUGAGUUGUCGUUCUUCCUCUGACCUGCAGGGGGCAGUAAAGCUCCAACAGGCAGAGAAGAAGUUGACCUUUUAAACCUUCCUACAUGUCUCAUGAUGAAAGUAAUCAGACCCCAGGAUGGAUGAUUUUAUCAUUUUUAGCCAGAAACAAAGAGAAAUGCUGAAAUGUGACAUUUCUAGGACCAAAAGAUGGCUGACUGUAAUGUUGUCUGUAAUGUUGUCUGUAAUGAUGCGGGGAUUACCUCCGCUGCUGAUUCCACGUCUGUCUGCUGUAAACCUGAUCAUGUGCAGUUCAUGUCGGUGCCUUAGUAACUGUCGUUUCUGUGGUGUUGCGUCCAUCGUGAAGCGGUUGUUAAUAGAAGCUGAUGGAGUCGAGUUCAUCAGAGCAUUAAACCUGAUAAUAAACCAGAAAAUCUC